UUUGUUUUGUUGAAUCCAAUCAAACCUACUGAUCAGUCCCAUAUUUCACAGCAGCCCCAGCUGAACUAUUUUCAAGUGAGAAUUUCUUUCAAAACAAAGUCCAUUAAAGUACUUUUAUUUGACAGGACCGACAAAAGACCAGAGACCAGAUACCAGAUCCCAGGACAGGGCUUCCUCAGGGAAGAAAAGUGAGAAUUGUGGACUUUUUUAUUGCCCCAUUGUGUGAAGAAAAGUAGAGAUGAUGUGAACCAUUGAGCAGAUAAAAGCAAAUUGCUAACAUUUGCCAGACUGUUUAAUUAUAAAUAAUUAAAUGAUCAAAAUAAUUGAAAUAAAACCCCCUUGAAAUGUUGGAUUAUCAAUAAAGCAUGGUAAAAAAGAUGUAAUAAAGACAAGCUUACACGUUAGGCUACAUAUUUCUAACUUUGUAACCUGAUGAGUGCAUGCUCACUAUCAUUUUUUUAUAUUGAUUAUUUAGAAAAUGUGACACAUCAUUGAUCUUGACAAAAUAAGAAUAUAACUACAUCAUUUGCAAGUCAGUUUUAGCUGUUUUAAAGGCUCAUAAUAAGAUGUUAUUAUGUUUUUGGUUUUUGCCUGCAGAUGAAGCAGCGCUUCACCUGGGCUUCGGCUCCCGUCCCGGUUCCAGGUCAGCCCGGCAGCCAGCGGCUCAUCCUCCGCAGGGUCCCGGCACAGACCCCCCGCAGCUGCCCCAGCACCAUAUCUGCCAGUCCCCCUGGCAGUCACGUGAGGUCACACACACAGUUUCCCUCCCACAAUACCGAUGAGGCCUCAAAGGAGCAACGCUGCAAGACCCUUGCAGCCCUCAGUGAGGUGGUGAAAGCCCGUCCUCCUAAGAGGGCACCCACUGAGGCUCCUGAAGCAGGCCCAUCAACAUCACUGUGUACUUCUAAUAAACUCUGGUGUCAAGCUCUUUCAGGUUUCUCCCCAGAAGACGGUGUGGAAUCGAGGCCAGGUGUGCAGGUGUGCUCCCCCAGACCAGCUGUGGCCCCACGCGCUGCUCCACAGCGAUGCUCUCCGAAAGAAGCUCUGGUUCCUAGUGCAGCUGCAGGAGAGGGCCCUCAGAAAGCAACUCGUUAGUAAUUUCAAACCCUGCUCAAACUUGACCAGGAAAACCUAGUAAACAUUAUCCCAAAAAUGUAAACUCAUUGUUAGCAGUAUCACACUUUAUUACCCGAAGUGAUCUAACAUGCUCUACAUGGUGGUUAUCAUGUCUUCAUUGUCCAAACCAUUUAAGAAAAUGUGGAAGAAAAUAUCAUUAUGAGUGCAGGCAAUAUUUUAAUAUCAAGAUAAAAACAUAAGGGCAUUUGGACCGCAGGAACUGGGACCUAGUUCUGGGGUAGAUCUUGAAUAUGAAAAGUAGUUAUUUUCUGAGACAGGGAGAAUUUAAAAUUAAGGUCUGCCUCUCAUAAAAGCCGGCUUCAUAUAUAGGCCCAUAUAUAUAUAUAUAUAUAUAUUCAUAUAUAGAGCUACUUCAAUUGCUAGAGAGAGACAGAGAGUGAGAGAGAUAGAGACAGAGAGAGAUAAAAUCCAGAUCCCAUGAUAUUAAUCCAACUGUUCAGACUGAUCAGUGUUUCAGAAACUUGGAAUUAAAAUCUUUGUAUACGAAUCACACUGAUCAGCAUUUGGCAAUAAUGGCCAAAUCCUUGAAUACUCAAACGUCCAGCCUUCAGUGCACAUAAGAGUAAGUAUUGAGAAUAAGUAGAGACCAAACUCAUGUCUACUUUACCUUUGAUCACUUUGAUUGAAGAGAGCCCAAGAAAGAGAAGGAGGAUCACCGUCACUGAUGAAGACCACCUUGAGAACCCUGAAGUCUCAUCAGCAGAGCCCAGCUAUUCUGCCACAAGAGGUAAGAUGGCAAAGAAAUGACAUUUUGACAUAUAGGCCUCAUGAAAUUAAAUUUUGAGUAUGUUUGAUCUUUGGAGUAUAAUUUUUUAGGAGUAAGUAAGACUAUUUUUAAAAAACAGUUUUUGUGUGUUUCUUGUUUUUGUAGCUGCCCUCCAAGCAAAAUAUACAGAGAGGGACCUGCUUGGACAAGGAUCAUUCGGGGCAGUCUAUGCUGGAUUCAGAAAUAAGGACAAUCUACCAGUAAGAUUAAAUGUUUCAUACACUUAUGUAGCAGUGCAUACACACUUUUCACUUUGUACUUAGUGUGAGCUAACCAUGUUUCUUCCUGUGUUUCCUCUAGGUUGCCAUCAAACAUAUUUCUCAGUCAGGCGUUGAGCGCAUAUCGGUAAGUAAAGGACUGUGUCCACUAACAGCUGUUAAUUUUUAUAAGAUGACAGCACACGAUACCUUAGUUUCCUUAGUUGACCUUUUCACAACGUUACAUCGUUUAAAAAAAUAUCCUCUGUCACUUCAGUUCCAGGACAAGUGACUGAUUUUAGUCUGUGAGAAAAUGCUCCAUAUGUUCUUAUGCUAUUUUAUAUUUUAAGAUCCAAGAGGAAAACAUCAACUCUGUCCCCCUGGAGGUGGUGAUGAUGCAGAAAGUGCAGUCAGGCACCCCACGAACCAGUGCAGCCGUGGCCCUGCUUGACUGGUAUGAUCUCGAAGAGGAGCUGAUACUCGUCCUAGAGAGACCAGUGCCCUGCAUGGACCUGUUGGAAUAUAUGUUUCAGACAGAAUCCCCCAUGCCAGAGAGGGAGGCAAAAGUAAGUACUUGAUGAAAUGAGUUUUGCAGUGUUUUCUUUUUGCACUGUCUGUCUGCACUGUGAUACUCAAUCUGCAUGUAUCUCUCUUUCCACCUCAGAUCCUGACAAAACAGCUGAUAGAUGCCCUCAUAGAGAUCCACUCAAAAGGAGUUUUCCACAAUGACAUCAAGGUGGACAACUUCCUGAUUGAGUGUGGCUCUGCAGUCCCCCGUGUGAGAGUCAUAGACUUUGGCUUCAGCACUUUUCUCACUGAGGGGACGUACCAUUCAAUGCAAGGUAGGCUGUCUCUCAAUGAACAUUGUUUUUGAAGGGCUUUCCACAAACAUCAGGUAGUCAGUCAAUGAGAAAAUGUAGGCCACUUACAGGGUCAGCAGUCUCUGUAUGAACUGAGUUUGAGGUUUUCAAAUAGUAGAUAUAAGUAAGUUUUCAGUGGCCUGAUUUGCCAACAGCAAGUGUAUGUGGAAAGCCCUGGUCUCUUGAUGAAACCUACCAAACAAAUUUGCUGUGUCAGUCCACAACAUCUAUCCUUCAUCUCCUUUUGUGUGUGUGUGUGUGUGUGUGUGUGUUUUGUAGGAACCCCUGAAUUUAGCUCCCCUGAGUGGUUCCUCACUAAGAGCUACAGAGCUGAACCAGCCACAGUAUGGCAGCUCGCUGUGGUGGUUUAUACUUUGCUUCAUGGGCGCUAUCCUUUUGAAAACACCAAAGAAAUCAUUUCCAAAGAGCUGAAGUUCAAAAAAAGACUUUUCAACGGUGAAUAAUCACACCCACAUAAAGUCAGAUUAAGCACAGUUAGAUCCACAGUAAGUGUUUGUAUCCGACCCUUGACCAUUUCUGUUUUGUCUCUCUAGACUGCCAGGAUUUUCUAUUCAAGAGUCUUUCCAAAAACCCAGAGACUAGACCAACCCUGGCAGUACUAAGGGACCACCCCUGGCUGGCGUAAAAAAACACCAAACAAACAAACAAUAUUUUGUUAACUUGAUAUUCUGUUUUACCCCUUUUGUAUUUGUAUUUUUUAUUUUUAUUUUUUCUCAUUAUUACUGUCAUUACUGCCAUAUGUUUAAUGUGUUUAAUGUAGUUGCUGUUGUUUGAACAUAUAUUUCCCCUGUACAAUUAAAUAAAUGUGAUUCUAAUGUACCUGAUCCAUGUUAUAAAUGUAACAACCACCAGGGUACAUUGUUUCACUAUUUAUGGAAAUGUAAAUAAAUGCAAAAAUUUUGGAGCUCUGUGUUAAAGUAUAUCUCUCAAAUCACAACUUCCCUGGUACCUCUAUGUCCUAAGCUAUGCAUUUUAGGCAUUUAUCCGGAGGACUGUCUUUUAUCUGACAAAGAAAGGAAAAUGGUUGACCUUUGUUUACUGCAGGCCAAACGUUGUAUUGCGUUAUGUUGGAAGAAUGUUAGCUGCCCCUCUUUUAACCAAUGGCUGAAUAACUUUAUAGUGUUGUGCUUGGCUCUUGAGAAGCUGACCUAUUUUGUCAGAGGGAAGCUUUCUGAAUUUUAUGUCAUUUGGAAGAUGUUUCUAGAAAUGUUUAAAGUAGGAGAUACGGAGGUGGCAAUGGGAAAUAAAUAACAUUUAUGGUACUGACAAGAGUAUAUAUUUUUUAAUUUCAAUACUUUGUUGAUGUAAUUUAUUCCUUUUUAUUUUGUUAACUUGAUAUUCUGUUUUACCCCUUUUGUAUUUGUAUUUUUUAUUUUUAUUUUUUCUCAUUAUUACUUUCAUUACUGCCAUAUGUUUAAUGUGUUUGAUGUAGUUGCUGUUGUUUGAACACAAAAAACACUAAAGAUAUGUUUAAAAAAAAAAAACAAUAAAUCGGUUCUGUUUUGAA